AUGCCUCACCUACGCCGCCAACCGAACCCACGCGACCUCCCCAACCAAGACCCAACGCAAGGGAAUCUGCGCGCCCAAUUCCACACCCCGCCAGCCCGACACACACCCUCAAACCCAACCCACCGACUCCCACCAUCAACAGGUCCAAAUGUGAUCACACCAGACGCACUCGCGCAGGCGGGCCACUCCGUGCAGAUAAAUCCCUUUACGAUAUUUGGUCGACCGGGCAUGGCACAACCUCUGCCGGAAAUGGAGACAAUGGACGACGACCAGUUCGAUGACGAUUAUGAUCCGCGGGGGAUGGAGGAGCUAGGCGAUGACGAACUGGUCGACCAUGAUGAUUCCUUCGAGAUUGAAGAUGGCAACGAAGAGCAAUAUGAGGAUUCUGAAAUCGAUGACGAGGAACUGGAAGAGACGGAAGACGUUGUCCAGGAUCAAUUCGAAGAAGAAGACCCCGACGAGGAAAUGCAUGAUCGAGAAAAAUCACCCUCCCCUCUCCCACCAAACCUACGCGAGAUCUCAUCUCUAGCUUCCUGGACCGUCUCAACCUCCAAACCAGGCUGCGGCGUCGCAGCCCUCCGCAACACCUCCCCAUCCCAAUACUGGCAAUCCGACGGUCCACAGCCACACACCUUGACGCUACACUUCUUCAAAUUAGUCGCCGUCGUGCGCAUCCGCGUCUACCUCGACUUCGAACUAGACGAAAGCUACACACCAACAAAAAUGAUCUUUGCAGCCGGCAUGGGCGGCAACGACCUAGUCGAGUUCGCAACCUGGGAAGGCGACGGUCCAUGCGGGUGGGUAAAUGUCCCACUAGAAGGCGUCGGCGGACGAAACGGCGGCUGGGUACAGAAUGACUCCGGGAAGAAGAAACGCCGGUCAACUAGUAUGCGGCAGAGGCGGCGGACUGUUUAUCGGAACUGUGAUUAUACAGAUCCUGACCAUGAACAUGAUGAGGAGUGUCAUCCGGUCUACGAACAUGAUGAGGAAAUUGAUAGUCAGGACGACGAGGAUGAUCCUUAUUCUGGAAAUGUGCUUAAGGCUAUGGUGAUCCAGAUGCGGAUCAUGGAGAAUCAUCAGAAUGGAAAGGACACGCAUGUUCGUGGUUUCCAGGUUUUCGCUGCUGAUGAGAGUCGGCGGAGGGUUGGUGCUGGGCCUUCUGCUUCUGCUGAUGUUAGACCCAGGAGGGUUUCGCGUAAUUCACAUGAUUUACGUGGGCGUGUGAGUGAUGGUGUUGAUACUGAGAAGUUGACUGCGCCUUCUGGGCUUGAUGAGCCGGAUUGGAUGGGUGAGCCGGUGAUACGAUGA